GUUGAUCGUUAAACAUUCAAAUAGAAAAGCAGUCGUAUUUAAAUUCAACACAAAAUAGAAAAACAAACAAACUAAAACAAAAACGUUUUAGAAAAAGGAUAAAAGUGCUUUAGCAAUGAAAACAAACCUACAAAACCUCUAAAAGUCAUAGAAAAUUCAUUUAAUGGCGCAAAGUUGUUGUGUUUUUUUAGCGAUAAGUAUAAAAUGAAAUGUUUUAAGAAUCCAGCAAAUACUUGUGCAAUCCAAAGUUAAACAGUUGAAAUAAAUUAUUGUAGGUCUUUAAAAAAAAAAGAAUCAAGGAGAAACUCUAAAUAAAUAUUUACGUCAUAUUGUUCUGGAUCAAGGUCAUUUAAUACAUUUUUUUUGUGUAACAUAUUCCAAAAUAAAUAAAAGCUUUAAAAAAGAAAUAAAAAAAUAGUUUUACAUUUAACGUACACACACAAUCGUCAACAGCAAAACUCUUGAAUUUUAACAUUCACUUGAAUGGUUGAUGGAUGGAUGGAUGUAUUUGUUGAUGUGAAUAAACUAUGGAAUAAAAAAAAAGUUGAAAAUAUAAUCAAGGAAAUGUUUUUAUUUCUGCUCUCACAACUUUUUGCAAUCAUUUUUGAACAACAACUACAAAUAAAGGCAAAUAAUCAAAACAAACUAUAAGAAGAAAACAAAUUUGAACUUAAAGUUGAAUAAAAUAAACUAUGUACAUUGUACAUAAAACAACAACAACAAUAAAUAAAAAACGGAAAUAAAAGUUUUACAACUAGACACACAAAAAAGAUGAAAUCCAUCUCCUUUCAAAUAACGUUUGUUAUUUUUAGCUUGGCCCUUUGCCAAAGCACACCAUCAUCCAACAACAACAACACCACCAACACCUUCAACUCUACAGCAUCCAUCUCCUCAAAUUCGAAGAACACAACAACGACAUCCAGCAACAUUAAGAAUGCAUCACUAGCAACAGCAACAAUAGCAACGACAAAUGGUACAAAUGCCACUGACAAAUACCUUCAUUCCUCCGUUUAUGAAGCUCAUGCUUCAAAGGCAUUGGAUACGGCGAUUAAGCGCAUGCAAUCCAUUUACAAUCGCAAACGUGAACUCUUCUAUAGUCUUACACAGGGCAGAGGAUACAGCGUUAAUCAAGCACCCAUCAAACAGGAAAUAGACAGAGACUAUCAUAACCUGGUCUACGAAUUGGCAGGUAAUCUCAGCGUUAUACCAGUGCAACAAUUAAAAAAUCCAACACUGAGACGGCAGGUGCAGCGACUCUCGAAACUGCAAUUAUAUGGCCUGGGCAGGCGAGACUUUGAGCGGGCCAAGGAGCUACUGCACACCAUGCAAACAUUUAUAACAUCACGUUUGGUGUGCGUCCAACAGGACUGCACCCAGCAGUGGGCCAUGGUGCCAACAAUUAUUGGACACAUUGUGCGUACGAGAAACUAUAUGGAUUUGGAAUAUCAAUGGAUUAAAUGGAGACAGGCAUUGGCUGAACGUGAUUUAGGCAAAUCAACAUUUAUCGAUUUUGUGCGCCUGCUGCGUGUUGCUGCCACCUAUAAUGGUCAUGUUACACCAUCUCGCACUUGGUAUUUGUAUUACGAAACGGAGAAUUUCCAACGUGAAUUGGAAGAUGUGGUAUGGGACAUAAUGCCAUUAUAUAAGGAAUUGCAUGCAUACUUACGCUACUGGGCGCGCAAAACUUACAGUGACUCAUUGACAGCAUCGGAUGGUGCUAUACCAGCACCCGUAAUGGAGCAAAUGUUAAUGCAAGCCUGGCAUCCGCGUUCAAUAUUUCGCACUCCCUACCCCAAGAAACAAUUGCCCACCGUCAAACAGCGGCUGGAGGAAGUCUAUGUGACACCGGUUAUUAUCAACAAAAAAGCGGCCGAGUUCUUUGAGUCGUUGGGUUUGAAUCAUAUGUCAGAUGCUUUUUACCAAAAAUUCUCUCGCCGCAUGAAUGACGAUGAAAUGGGUCCAGAGUGUAAAUCUGAAGUUCAUUACUUUCCUCCCGAAGUGGCUUUGCGCUAUUGUCCCAAACUCGACUAUAAAGUUUUAAUGCAAAUGCAUGGUUAUAUGGCCGAAUUGCAGUAUAAUAUCUAUAAGAAAGAGUUACCCUUUGGUUUGGAUCGUGAACCCUGUCCUGGUUUUGGCAGUGCUUUGGGUGAAUCAUCUGUUAUUGCUUCGGGAACUCCACGUCAUUUGAAUCGUUUGCAUAUCUUAGUCAAUGCCAGUUUACCAGCCGAGGAAUCAAUGAAUCGUUUGUUCCGUAUGGGUGUUCACACUUUAUUGGCCAUACCCCAGUAUUUUAUCAACGAUAAGUUUCUGGUGGAUGUCAUGGAUGGCCGUAUUGGUCCUCAUGAGUAUAAUUGUGCUUAUUGGCGUUUACAGUAUAAAUAUGCUGGCGUGGUACCACCUCAUCGUCGUACAGAAAAACAUUUUGAUCCAGAUUAUAAGUUCUAUCGUGGUCUAAAUCCUGAGAAGCCGAAUACAGCCAAAUUCCUAUCCGAAGUUUUGGGUUUCAAUUUCUAUCGCAGUUUCUGUUUGGCUAGUGGCGAAUACAAACCGGGUAAUACAGCUUAUCCGCUUUACAAUUGUGAUUUUUAUGGCAGCAAAGCAGCGGGAGAUAUAGUCAAAAACGUCAUGCAAAUGGGUGCCACCAAACAUUGGCGUGAGGCUAUGGAAAAGGCAACCGGUGAUAAACGUUUGAGCGGCAAAGGUGUGGUGGAAUAUUUCGGUCCUUUAUAUGUUUGGCUUAGGGCUCGUAAUAAGGAGCUGGAUGUACAAAGUGGCUGGGAUGAUGAUCCAAAUUGUGGCAGUAAUUAAACCAGCACAUAAGAGUAAUAAUUGCAUUUUAAUUAUAAAAUGCUGUUAUAUUCAGUUGCACAAACAUACAUUAUAUAAUAAUAUAUUUAAUCAAUGGUAUUUUCCUUAAGUAUACGAUAUUACAUAAUAUGACUAUAUAUAUAAUAAAGUUACUAAAUAAUUAUGAAUUUGAA